AUGAUGUUUGAGAUAAUCGCGAUAGGAGGUGCAAGGAAAUUGGUAUAAAUAAUCGUGCUGAGACUUCUUCGGCACAUUCGUUCGAGACAUCGAGUUGUCACCUGCAGAACUACAAUGGCUUCCUACGCUACCUUCACCCUCCUCGUCCUCGCUGGAUUCCUCGCCAGCGCCUUCUCCAGCAGCUCUCCUGCCAGGAUUGAGGACUACCCCAGCACCGUUCAACUGGAGACUGGAAUCGGCCGUGUCUGGCUGCAAACCUGUGUUGGUUCCGUUCUGACCUCUCGCCAUGUUCUGACUGCCGCUCACUGCCUUAUUGGAACCGCCCUCACCCCUCGCAUUAGCCGUGUCCGUGCCGGCACCAGCGAGCGCGGCCGUGGCGGCGACGUCUGGGAGGUCAACAGCGUCAUCAGACACCCUGACUACAGCUUGAAGGCUUUCGAAGGCAACGUUGGCAUUGUUCGUCUGCAGACCGCCCUCUGGUUCGGCGCUGCCAUCCAACAGGCUAGGAUCACCGCCUCUGGUGUCACUUUCCCCGCUAACGUGCCCGUCACCCUGGCUGGAUGGGGCCGCACCUCGCAAGAAGACCUCUGGGCUGACCGCGACCUCCACAGCACUCAACUUUACACCGUCGACCAUAGCCUCUGCGUCGAGAAGUACGGAGACCUCAAAGUUCCCAUUGCCGUUACUGAGAACAUGAUCUGUGCUGCUACCCUCGGCACUACUGGCGCUAACUUCGGAGUCAGGGAUGGUGGUUCUCCCGUCUUCUACGACGGAAUCCUUGUUGGCUUCGUCUCCUUCGGCAGCCCUCUUAGUGCUACCGAGUACCCCUUGGUCGCUACCGCUGUCUCUCCCUACUCCGACUGGAUCGUUGAAAACGCUGUUUAAAGUCCUGGUUAAAAUGAUUGUCUCAUUUUUUAUUUACUAAUAUAUUUUUCGGUUAUUUGUUUUCUA